UUUCUAGGCAGGCGCGGCUUCCGGGAGCGCGCACGUUCUGGAGCCCGCGCCGAUCGCAGGCGCUGCGGCCGCGCACGUUGGUCACUUGCUGCCGUUUCAGGGCUGCAGGUUGGCCUGGAUCCUGAGGGUCUGGACCCAUGUGGAAACUGGUACCCGUCGCGGGCCCCGCCCGAGAACCAUACAGACUUUUGACUGGUGUUGAGUACAUUGUUGGAAGGAAAAACUGUGGCAUUCUAAUUGAAGAUGAUCAGUCAAUCAGUCGAAAUCAUGCUGUGUUAACUGCUAACUUUUCUGUAACCAACCUGAGUCAAACGGAUGAAAUCCCUACACUGACAAUAAAAGAUAAUUCUAAGUAUGGUACCUUUGUUAAUGAGGAAAAAAUGCAGAAUGGCCUUUCCUUAACUUUGAAGACAAGGGAUAGAAUUACUUUUGGAGUGUUUGAAAGUAAAUUCAGAGUAGAGUAUGAGCCUUUGGUUGCAUGCUCUUCUUGUUUAGAUGUCGCUGGGAAAACUGCUUUAAAUCAAGCUGUAUUGCAACUUGGAGGACUUACAGUAAAUAAUUGGACAGAAGAAUGCACUCACCUUGUCAUGAUAUCAGUUAAAGUUACCAUUAAAACAAUAUGUGCACUCAUUUGUGGACGUCCAAUUGUAAAGCCAGAAUACUUUACUGAAUUUCUUAAAGCAGUUCAGUCCAAGAAACAGCCUCCACAAAUUGAAAGUUUUUACCCACCUAUUGAUGAACCAGCUAUUGGAAGUAAAAAUAUUGAUCUGUCAGGACGACAGGAAAGAAAACAAAUCUUCAAAGGGAAAACAUUUGUAUUUCUAAAUGCCAAGCAGCAUAAAAAAUUAAGUUCAGCAGUUGUUUUUGGAGGAGGAGUUGCUAGGUUGAUAACAGAAAAAAAUGAAGAAGAAGAUAGUUUCUUUUCAGCUCCUGGAACUUGUGUUGUUGAUGUAGGAAUAACAGAUUCACCGAACUUAAUUCCUGACUCUCAGAAAAAAUGGAUUCAUUCAAUUAUGGAUAUGCUCCAAAGGCAGGGUCUCAGACCUAUUCCUGAAGCAGAGCUUGGAUUGGCAGUUAUUUUCAUGACUACAGAGAAUUACUGUGAUCCUCAGGGCCAGCCCAGUACAGGAUUGAAGACAACGACUCCAGGGUCAAGCUUUUCUCAAGGCUUGUCAGUCAAUGAAAAACUGAUGCCAAGCGCCCCAGUGAAUACUACAACAUAUGUAGCUGACACAGAAUCAGAACAAGCAGAUACAUGUAUGGAUUUGAGUGAAAGGCCAAAAGAAAUCAAAAUCUCCAGAAUGAAACAAAAAUUCAGAGGGCCUUCACAAGAAACAUUCACUGUGAAGGAACCCCCCAAGAUAAGCUCUAAUAAUAAUAAUACAGUAUCAAAUACUCUGGUUAGGAUGAAAAUCCCUAACUAUCAGCUUUCACCAACGAAAUUCCCAAGUGUAAAUAAAAGUAGAGAUCGGGCUUCUCAGCAGCAGCAGACUAACUCCAUCAAAAACUACUUUCAGCCAUCUACCAGGAAAAGGGAAAGGGAUGAAGAAAAUCAAGAAAUUUCUUCAUCUAAAUCAGCAAGAAUAGAAAUGUCUUGUUCUCUUUUAGAACAAACACAACCUGCUACACCCUCAAUAUGGAAAAAUAGAGAGCAACAUCUAUCUCAGAAUGAGCCUGAAGGGAAAAAAACAGAUAACUUACUUACAGAUACAGAUUUAAAAUCCACUGUGAAAAAUUCUGCCAGUAAAUUUCUUUCUACAGAAAAGCUAAGAUCAGAAAAAAGACAAGAAAUUGAUGAUUUAGCCAUAGAAGAUGAAGUAUUAGAACAGUUACUCAAGAACACAAGACCAGAGUUGGAAAUCAAAGUGAAAGUUCACAAACAAGAGGAAGCCAUCAAUAUUAGAAAAAGGCCAAGAUUUGAUAUAGAAACAAAUGGCACUUUUAAUGAUGAAGCAAUAUCAGAAAGUAACAAAAUACCUCAAGAAAGUGAAACUGGGAAGAAAUGUGAACUCAAGAAAGAAUCACUCUGGUCAACUAAAGAAGAACUAUUUAACAAUGACGAGCUUCAGGAUCAUGGUGAGAUGCUUCCAAGGAAGGUGUUACUGAUUGAAUUUAGAUCACUGGUGGUUAGUAACUCUACCUCCAGAGAUGCAUCCAGAGUAAAUGAUGAUUAUGGUCAACUAAAGAAUUUCAAGAAAUUCAAAAAGGUCACAUUUCCUGGAGCAGGAAAACUUCCACACAUCAUUGGAGGAUCAGAUCUAAUAGCUCAUCAUGCUCGAACGAGUACAGAAUUAGAAGAAUGGUUAAGGCAGGAAAUGGAGGUGCAAAAUCAGCAUGCAAAAGAAGAGUCUCUUGCUGAUGAUCUUUUCAGAUACAAUCCUAAUGUAAAAAGGAGAAGAUAAGUGAGGAUUGUAUAAAGAAGCCAUGGAGAAACAUUUCCUAUCAAGCAUUUAAUUCAGGUUUCCUCUGGGACACAUGCAUAUAUAGUGUAUAGAAAAGAUUUAAGUUACAAAUAUUUUAUGGGCUAAAUUUGUUAAAUAAAAUGCACAAAACUCCA